UGUCCCAGUUGCUAUGUCACACUCGGUUAGGGAGUUUCGCGAGUGUGUAUGACUUGGUUCUCUCAACCUCACUGCUCCCAUCACGGAAUUUAAUAAUCACGCAAAUUUAACGAAAAGAAGCAUACUGGUCAGCAAUGGCUAACUAUAUUAGGGACUUGGACAGAGAAAAUCUGCCAUAUAUCGGUCAACUGAACAGAAACAGGAUUUUAGAUGGCACUUCCCCUUCUGCCAGACGGAUACGUGAAUUAGAAGAAGAACUUGGCAUCAGAUAUCAGCCAACAUCUCCAUCAGCUAACCAGUACUUGUGCAGAUACAACCAGGGAGACGUUAGCCGACGAGCGGUUACCGAGCUGUCUGAUCAGCUUAAAUCUGCCAGAGAUGAGCUUAGAAAGAAAGAUGCCCUCAUACAGCAAUUGUCAAGUUUGGACUCUGCGCCAAGAAUUCACAGAUCACCUGAUCCAUUGCGGGUGGACACUCUGUUCUUGGGAGACAGGACAGCAGUGGAACAGUCCCGCAGUGAAUUGGCAUCUAUGCAGGUCAAGUUUGAGAAAAUGCAGAUACAGCUGAGGGAGGCAGAAAGUGAAUUAGAAUUGAAGUCUAUAAAAGUGAAGGAGCUUCAGCAUUUGCUGGAGACAAAUCGCGAAAACGAAGCCAAGUUGACAGCCCUGGUGCAGUCGCUCCGAGACAGGGUUCGCGAACUGGAGGACAAGGCUGGGUCUAUCGAAACGGUCGCUGGACGCAGCGAGUUCGCCAUUGGAACACUGCAGAGGGAGAACCGUGACAGCCAGGAUCGCAUCCUGGAGCUGGAGGGGAGACUCAGGAAACAGUUGGAAGAGCGCGAGGCAUCCGAGGCCCGAGGUGAUGAGUGCCAGAAGAGGCUUUCAGAACUCCAGGCCCAUCUGAGUGGACUGCUUAGAGUUGACGACUUGUAUGAGUCUACACCCGCUUCAGUCGAAACCAUUGUCAGGAAGUUAACAGAUCUGAUGCAGGAAAACGCUAUGUUGAAAGGGAAACUGCUGUCCCUGAAUGAAGCCUUGAACAACACAGAAAUGGAGACCAAAGCCAGUCGGGAAACCAUAAUGAGGCUGGUGUCAGAGGUCGGACGUGAGCAGAAGGUGGCCACAAGAUACACAAGUGAAAUUGACUCCAUCAGAAUGGAAAGAGACAACGCAUUGGCAGGGAAACGAGAAGUGGAGCGGGAGAUUGAGUUGAUGAAGGAGAGGCUAGAUGCUAACCAGAGGUCCCUGGAUGCCACUCGGGGUGAGCUGGAACUGAGACAGGGACGUCUAUCAUCUUUGGAUCGGGAGGUGCGUGAGACGUCGCACAAUGUUCGCAGCUGGGAGAACCAGUACCAUCUGUUCCGGGAGCAGAUCGCGGGUCUCCUGAGCAACUCCUACACCAUGGUUGAGCCCAGUGAAGACAUGAUCAAGGACAAUAUUAGGAGGAUGGCACAGACAAACAAGGAGUAUGAAAUACAACUGGGGAGUCUGGAAUCCCGAGUGAAAGACCUAACAGAACAGCUGGACAAUCAGUAUCAGAUGAAUCGAUCAUCCAACCAGAGGUUCAAGCAAAAUGAGACCAGCUUGUAUGAUCUGGAACAAAGACUGCGAUGUACAGAAGGCGAGCUUGCAGCUGGGGAUGUACUCCGUGAAGGGCUCAAGACAGAGAAAGAAAAGUACAUGCGUCUGCUGCAACGAUUGGGUGAGAAGAUGAAGAUGGACCACAUUGCCCUUGACCUUGGCUUUGACAUGACAAUAGACGCCAUCAUGGCACGCGAGCCGCAACUGGUGAAACUUGAAGGAGAUGCACUGAACGACCGCAGCACCCAUAUAUACAACCUUCAGCGCAAGGUGAAGAGUCUCAAGGAGCAGUUGGAGAGCAAGGACCUCCAUAUUGACCUGCUCCGGAAGAAGAUGACAAGUCUAGAGGAGCGAGUGCAUAGCCGUAGUGACGUGGAGAAGGAGCGUGACGGGGAGUCGAUGAGGGUGCGGAAGCUGGAGAGGCUGGUGGACAAGUACAAGCUGCAGUUGACAGACGCCAGACAGGAAGUCCAGAACCUCAAGGCUCAUCUGCUCGGCAGCAGUGAAAUGAAGGUACGCACCAUUGAACAGCGCAAGGACAUCGAUGAGCUGGCUCAUCAGGUAGACGAACUUGAGGAGUUACGCAAGAAACAGAGCCGGAAGAUCGCCAACCUGAAGUCGGAGGUGCAGUACCACGAGAACGAGAACCAAGAGAAGAAGGUUGUGUCCGACAAUGCUGUGCACGCUCUCUCUGGUGAACUCAGGACCACCAAGACAGCGCUACAGACCAUCCAGCACAGAGAGAAACAGCUUUUGGACUUCCGCAAUGUGGUGGCUCGUAUGCUGGGCCUCGAGAUCAACUCUCUGGCUGUCCCAGACUACGAGAUCAUCUCCCGCUUAGAGAAGCUUAUCCACACCCACCAUAAGCAGACCCACACCAGCAUGAAUCUGGAGGAGGCCCUCGCUGACAUGGAGGACGGCUUCGCCAGCGACUACAGCACCACACGGCGGGCUCUGGAGGCCACCGACCCCCUCAUCCGCAGGUCACGUGACAAGUCCCGCAGGAGGGCAGCUCGGGCCCGAGUCAGGGCGCGAUCUCUGUCCCCUACAAGACGUAUUGACCCAAGAUCUUAUUAAACUGUAACUCUCCCUUCUAGAAGAUGCCUUAUUGUAUAUUAAACAUGUCUCCAUAGUCAAUGAAUUGUGUGGGUAAAGGAGAAAAAUAUCAGUUGAUAUUCUUUCAAGUGGUUAAACAUAAAUCAGUGCUAAGACACCCUAUCAGAUCUUAGGUCUCGCAUAUCUAAGGUAAAGGGGUCUUUCACACUUUCAUUUCGUUGUUAAAAGAUCCACUUAAAGCAUUGGUAUAAGAAAAGAUAAAUCUGUCUGUGUAGUAACUGCACAGUAUUGGAAUUGUAUUGGUAAAUAACUACCAAUGUGAGUGGAAUUAGUCAAUGGUGGAGUAUCCUCUGUUACUGAUUCUGACACAUAUUCCACAAAAAUAAAAUGGUCAUUUAUUCUGAAAAACUACAGCUGUUUCCCUGAUUUCCUGACGUGGAGGCCAUGACUGUUUAGAGUUGUUUAUCAUCAUGAGCUGUGAUAUGUCCUGUUGCCUUGUAAUUGUUAUUGAUUAUUGUUACAGAAUGAUUGUUCAGCAUUCUCCAUCUGCAUUGUUUUCAUGUAUACACUUCCUGAACAUGUUUUCAUCAAAUUGUCACUUUUUUAGUCCAACAUCAAGUAGUUGUAGAUACGUUUAUUCACUGUAUAUCUAGAUGGUCACUUUAUACUAAAUGAAUUCACUUUUAUUUAUUAUCAUCAUUAUUUUUAAAUAUUCCAUAGGAAAUAUUUUAUCUUAUUUUUGUACACUUCGUGUGAAGGAUAACAAGUGUGUUUAUUCAGGAUUAGGUUAUGUGUGUUCACUGCCAAGGUGCUCACUGAUGUUAAUCUUACAUGCGGAGAUUUCAUGCAAACAGACAAAAAACAACAAUUUAUUAUAAAUUGGCACAAGUGUAUUCAUUAGAUCUGAUCUGAACACAUUCCAGAUUCUACACACAAAAUAUAAAUGUUAUUAUUUUUUUAAAUAAUUUAUUUGUUCUUCAUCAUUCACGUUUACCCCCUUCAUCUAAAUAACUUGGCGCUCAAGGAAACAUAACUGGUUGAUCCAUAUGUUAUACAUUCAUGAUUCAAGGUUGACACAUUCUUACCUUAGCAAACAACCUUUUGAUAUUCUGAGAGAGAGAGAGUGAUGGAGUAUGUUUUUUACACCAAAUGUUUGCAAUAUUCCAGCGAUAUUACAGCAGGGCUACAUAAAAUAACUGUUUUGCUAUUGUUGUAGAUUGCCCAGAAAGAAAGUCUGAACAAAAACGUUUAUUUCCUCCUACCACAAGAAAAUGAUGAUUUGGUUUGUAGCAAUCUUGUCUCAAACAAAUAGCCAAGCUUCACACAGGAAUAAAACACAUGUUUUGCAUGAAUGUGCAAGAAUGUUUCUAUCAAUUGCCUGGCUCAGAUGGAGAGGGUAAAUGUUGGGGUGUUAUUCAGGGAUAUUGCCAGCAUAUAUUUUGUCUCACUUCUCAUUCUGCAGUCAAGUAUUUUGUAUUUUAAUGAUUCUGUCUACAAAAAUAUCUUCCAGAUCUGUAACAUGAUGUGAAACAUUCCACCUGUCUAUAUGUUAAUAACUUUAUAUUUUCUGUAGUUUCAUUUUCAUCAUUUUUUGUACAUAUAAUCUGUGGAAUAAAAUAUUACUAGUUUCUAUA